GAUAGAACUACUGUGUUUAGUGUGAGCUUAACCUAGCGGCAAAUUGAGAUCCGAGAAGGAGAGAGAAAUGGCGAAGUCGUCGGCGACCAAGGAUGCCCAAGCACUUUUUCGCUCUCUCCGAUCUGCCUAUGCUGCAACUCCCACCAAUCUCAAGAUCAUCGAUCUCUACGUUGUCUUUGCUGUAUCAACAGCUCUGAUUCAGGUAGUUUAUAUGGCUGUUGUUGGGUCCUUUCCUUUCAAUUCAUUUCUUUCUGGGGUGCUCUCAUGUGUUGGAACAGCAGUUCUUGCUGUUUGUCUCCGUAUUCAAGUGAACAAAGAGAACAAGGAAUUUAAGGAUGUGCCGCCAGAACGUGCAUUUGCAGAUUUUGUGCUUUGCAAUCUAGUUCUCCAUUUGGUGAUUAUGAACUUCCUUGGAUAGGCGGAACCGAAAAACAAUUCAAUUUGCCUUAUAUAUAUAUAUUCCUGGAACCUCAUAUAUAGCUGGAGUUUUGUAGUUUACUGGGAAGGUCUAGUCUUUCAGGAUUAAUAUGUGAUUGAAAAACACAAAUAAUUCUUUAUAUCUUUUCAUUUACUUGAGAAAUGACUUGAAGAA